AUGAGUGUAGGAUCUACUAUAGUCCCGGGCAGCCAUGCGAAUACUUUGGUAUUACCUGACAGGAGACACACAUCUGGAGAGGUAAGACAAUGCGCUGAUUAUCAUAUAUAUAUUUGUGUGGUGCUUACAGUGAAAGUAUGUUAUGAUCAAAGGUAUUCAGUGAUUGUAAAUGUUUUACAUACACAAUUGAAAUAGAAAGGCUACCGAUUUGCAGGUGGUAAUUUACACUGUCCUUGGUGCUGAUUUUAUUUCUAAUUUGUUCUCAUCAGUCUACGAUCAUUAUAUUGGCAUCACAAGUUCACAUGCUUCUCAGGAACACCCCCGAAAUUUAGACAGUUGUUAAGAUGGAUUUGCUUUCAAUCUCAAUAUCCUUUUGGUUUAUAUGCAGGAGAGAGAUAUCGGAGUUGGAUUUUGGAGCAGCUAGAAUGCAGAAAAAAAACGACAAUACCAGUGCUUGUGGACAUAUGUUUUCAGAUUAGUGGGGUCUUCAAAAUUUCUCUCACUUUCUUGCAAUGAAAAGAAAGUUCGCAUGGUGUCAGUGCACAAACAGAAAGGGCUUUGCAAGAGCUCAUACUAGCUGGAUUUUUGGAAACGCCCAUUGACGAUAUCACCAGUUCAACAGUAGCAAUGCCGUUUGUAAACUGACGGUUGGGAAUUUCAAAAUUAUCUACAUUUCAAAUAUAUGCCGAAGAUAGAAAAAAAAAACGUCUGGACAUACUCCUGCACACGAUGCAGUUUUUCUGAUGCAGUUAUUCUUCUCGUGAAGGAUUAUUACAAUUUUCGUUGAUGGCCAUGGAACAAAGAAAAUGCGAGGCAGGAAGGGUGAAUCGGCGGUGGGUCUGUUUGGUGAUUGCUGUGCUUUUGUGGAGCGUGGCCUCAGCACAGAUAAGAUAUUCUAUCUCGGAGGAAGUCAUGGAAGGGACUGCAGUUGGGAAUGUUGCAAAAGAUCUGGGAUUAGAUAAAAGCACGUUGAAAGACAGGAAGUAUCGGAUUGUUUCGAGUGCAGCAGAUCCUCUUUUCCAUGUAAAUCAGAACGAUGGCAUCUUGUAUGUGAGCCGGAAAAUGGACAGAGAGGAAAUAUGUGAGCGAAGCAGUACAUGUUUACUUAAUCUGAAAACCGUGCUAGAAAACCCACUGGAAAUCCACUAUAUUGGAGUUGAAGUUUUAGAUAUAAAUGAUCAUUCCCCGAGCUUUCCAGAGAUACAGAAAACGUUAGAAAUUUCAGAAUCCGUGGUAAGUGGAAAAAGCUUUCAGCUUCAAGCUGCUCGAGAUCCAGACAAUGGUCCUUUUUCCGUGCAACAUUAUAAACUUAACCAAAAUGAUCACUUCCGUUUGGAAGUUAAGGAUAAAGGAGAAGAUGGUAAAAUACCGAUUUUAAUUGUGAAAAAAACUUUAGAUAGGGAGGCAGCGGAAAGCCACUCAUUAGUGCUGAUAGCAGUAGAUGGAGGGAAACCUCCGAAAUCUGGCGAAAUGAACAUUUUAGUCAAUGUUUUAGAUAUCAAUGAUAACGCACCUGUUUUCUCAGAAGACGUUUAUUCUGUGAUGCUCAAUGAAAAUGCUCCAGUGGGUACAACAGUCACACAAGUGAAUGCAACUGAUUUAGACGAUGGACCAAACGGAGAAGUAGUUUACUCAUUUAGCAACAGCGUAAAUCGUAGGUUAUUUAAACUGUUUGAAAUAAACCAAUCAACAGGUGAGAUAAUUGUUAAAGGUCCAAUAGACUACGAGCACAAAGAUAAAUAUGAAAUUGAAAUACAGGCAUCAGAUAAAGGCCUUGCUCAUCUAACAACAGAAAAAAAUGUGGUUAUUAAGAUAGUUGACGUGAAUGAUAACGCACCUGAGAUUGAAGUUACUUCAUUUUCAAGCUCCAUCCCUGAAGAUUCC